UCAGGGGUAAUGCAGCCUCAUAGAACAAUCAGGGGAGAGGGAAAACACCUCCUACAAGCUUUAACCAGUGCUCUGCUGGACACUGAUAGAAGUCACAAGACUGCUUUAACUGCUGAUGAGAAAAUCUAUUUAGCAGUUUAUAUUUACUAAAAUAAAUGUAUUUCCCUGUUCUGUGUACUGUGGGAGACCAGAUAUAGUGAAUGCAGGGUCCUGGGUUUAGUAACAUUUUAAGUAAAGUUAGAAGCUGAUUGGCUAGCAUGCACAGCU